AUGGCACAUCCUAAUCUCGAUCCUUUUUUUGAGGAUUUACUCAAUAGCGAUCUCUCGCUGGAUGCAAUAGUCGAUAAGGUAGGCUUCACUAUAUUACGAAAAUCUGAAUUUUCUUCGGAUUCAGUCUUGACUAGUGAAGAACGGUACAAAUCACUUUAUAUUCUAGUAAAAUACGUUCAAACUUUAUCAUUUCCUACUGAACUAGAAAGAAUACGUUCUGGUCAAUCAUUACCAAAGUCGUUUCGUAAACUCAAUGUAUUUAUCGAUGACCAGGAUGUACUCAGGGUGGGCGGCAGGAUCUCUCGUUCUGGGCUCGAGUAUGAACAAAAGCAUCCGGCGUUAUUAUCAUCGAAUAAUCCCUUCACAUCUAAAUUAAUACAAUCGGUUCAUUUGAGCAACUGUCAUUGUGGCGUAAAUACUACACAAUAUUUAAUACUGCAACAAUUUUGGAUUAUAUCGGCUAAGCGCGUUAUAAGACGAUGUUUAUCCAAAUGUCUUAAUUGUUAUCGACUCCAACCUAAACCGUUACAACCGUUUAUGAGCGACCUUCCAAAAUAUCGUGUAAAUGAAGUAAAACCUUUCUCUAUUGUAGGAGUAGAUUAUGCUGGUCCGUUUCGUAUUAAAACUGGACCAUAUCGUGGUGCUAAAAUAGACAAGGCUUAUCUUUGUUUAUUUGUAUGCUUAGCCACUAAGGCUGUACAUUUAGAGACCGUUUCCAGUCUUUCUACAGACGGAUUUAUUGCUGCUUUACGUCGUUUCGUUGCUCGGAGAGGCAGAUGUUCCACAAUACACGCAGAUUGUGGUACAAACUUUAUCGGUGCUCGUAAUCAACUCGUGUCCCUCACUAAAAUCGCGUCUGAGACAGAACGGAUCGAAUUUAAAUUUAACCCACCCUCUGCACCUCAUUUCGGAGGUGUAUGGGAAAUUCAAAUACGAGCUGCAAAAACGCAUUUAUAUCGAGUUGUAGGUGAUCAGGUGUUGACAUUCGAGGAACUAGCUACACUUUUUAGUCAAAUUGAAGCAGUCCUGAACUCGCGGCCUUUGUAUCCUAUGAGUUCAGAUCCCAAUGAUUACCAAGUCUUAACACCAGGACAUUUUUUAACUCUGGAACCAUUGACAUCUGUUCCAGAUGUGGAUGUAACUCACCUUAAUGUCAACAGGCUAGAUCGCUGGCAACUGAUUCAGUCGUUCCAACGAUCGUUUUGGAAUCGAUGGAGAAACGAAUAUCUCCACUCGUUAAAUUUGCGAGCUAAAUGGACAAAAGAGUCGAAGCCAUUAGAAUUAAACUCAAUGGUCAUUAUCAAAGAUGAUAAUCAUCCACCUUUACAUUGGCAAAUAGGGAGAGUUGUAGAAUUACACCCUGGACCAGAUGGUCUGGUUCGCGUGGCUACCGUACGAACAGAUAAGGAUAAUUUGAUCAAGAGACCUUUGGUCAAAUUAUGCCCAUUACCCAAUGAACCGUUUUAA